CAGGUCACUUCAAAUCAAUCCUAUUCUUCCAGAAAACCAUAUUCCUUCCUAUCAUCCUACUCUUAACAUCCCCGCAAAUAGUUCCCAGGGAUGAAGCUGGGGUUGUCCCGCAAUUCCCAUGACCAUCAGGUCUGAAAUAGAAAAUGGCGAUGGAUAUGGGCUUCUUGCCCACUAUUAAAUGCUCCAGUUGUGGGAACAAUGUUGAGAUCUUCGCGAUGGGGGACCAUGUGUGUGCCCCGGUCUUUCAUGCCCCUAUUGCACCACCAUCACCGCCCCCCUCCGCGGGGUUCGACUCCCCAGACCGAUUGACGGCUGCCAUGGCUGUCAAAUCCGGUCGGUCUGGGGCUCCGCCGCGGAUUGACCCAUCGAUCGCAAAUCGUGCCUUCCUUCAACCAAACAUACCGACGCCAGCCAGCAGUAUUGGGCAUGCACCGUCACCGCUAUCAGUUUCGGCGCCUCGCUCGCCCUUUCAACCAUCUCCCCGCGAGCAGGUAUCACCGGAUGAUGAAUCUGUGAUUAACCUAGACUCGGUCUUUGCAUUUCCCAUGCCAGGAAACCGGGCGCCGACUCGUAUCUCGACCCCGGGAUUGUUAGGUGAAGCACCAUCGCGAUCUACGGCAACCCCGUCCCCACGACCAGGGCUUGGCCUGGAUCUGGUACCGGAAAAUAUACAACUUCCGCCGAGCCCCCUCCCACCAGCUGCUGAGACCAUGGAGUUCAGUCAUCAACGGGGAGAUUCUCUAGCAAGCCAUAGUAGCUAUCGUACCUCUUUGGCAAGCACUCGUUAUGGAAGUUCGACGGCAAGAUCCUCAACAAAUAGCUUCUCACGGGGGCUUCGGACUUUUAUAGAUGAGACGCCGCCGCUGCCACCUGCACCACUUCGUACUCCCAAAAAGACCUCCUUCCCCCAAGACCUACAGGUGCCGAUACGUUCAUCAAAUCGCAGUGAUCGACCUGGGGAAACUUAUAGUGGAUUCGACUUCGAUCUCCCAGCAGGAUCUAAGGCCUUGCACGAUUUGCCUGAAGAGCGAUCUCCCACGGACCUGUCUAAAGGCAGUCCUGAUCAUGAUUUCAACACACCUCCGCAAAAUCAUUUACAUCCUGCCGCUGCGGAGUCUCCAUGCGAUGCCCCGAGAAAGAAUUCCGAUGCAAGUGAGAGCGCUCUGUCCAUCACAAGCUUCGCACGAGCUCUGGGUUUAGAUGAUCAUAUGCCCGAAGCAGAGAGCUCUAUAUCAUCUGACUCUUCACGAUCUGAGACCCGCAGUGGAAGCUCCAUGUCCAGCCUUCCAUCCGAGGCGAGUCUCAACCGAUAUAAGCCUGGAGAUCCUCUCAACCUUGGUCCCUUGGUCGAGGAGUUGCCUGCACGAACACGACAGACCAUCUUGGAAGUGCCGGGCCGGCUGCGUAGCACGAUGGAUGAUGUUCCCACUAUCCCCGCCGCAUUCUUUAGUCCUGAUUCCCCCACCGAUCCAGCUAUUCACCAUGGCAAUUUGUCGUUGAUUGCGGAGAGACGAGAGAAUCAAUACCCAAAGUUGAUCCCCCAGGAAUCGCAAGCACCCGGCAAUCUUGAAGAGCCCAAGAAACCCGAACCUCAAACGCCACUCUCGCCCAAGCCAGUGCAACGGUCGGCAACGGCACCUAUUCCUCGGCCCUCAACUCGGUCUACAUCGCGGAGCAAGGGCCAAUGCAAAGGGUGUGGCGAGGAAAUCACAGGAAAGUCGAUCUCUUCUUCAGACGGCCGUUUGACAGGACGAUACCACCGCGGUUGUUUCGUUUGCUUCGAAUGUUCCUCGCCUUUCCCAACGGCCGAUUUCUAUGUUCUGAACAACCGCCCGUACUGCGCACAACACUACCACGAGCGUAACGGAUCUCUUUGCUCUACCUGCCACUGCGGAAUUGAAGGUCAAUAUCUGGAGACUGUUGAGCGGAACCAGAAUCGACCCGAGCGCCGUCGCUUCCACCCCGAUUGUUUGCAGUGUCGUACGUGCCAUGUGCUCCUGAAAGGCGAUUACUUUGAGUGGAACGGAGGUGUGUACUGCGAACGAGAUGCGCGGCGCGCAGCAGUAACCUACCAUCCCCCAUCACCCGGUCGUCGGCGACCCACGGUCGGCUCCUCACCCCUGGCUCAAUCUGCGGGAUACCCUCCCCAGGGUGGUUAUCCGCAUCCUCCUACACACAACCAGGGUCUACGUCCCGGCCCGCGCUUCCCUCCGGGUGGUGCCGGACGCUUCCCUGAGCGACGAACGACUAAGCUCAUGAUGUUUUAA